AUCCAGGAACGGGCGUCAACCUCAAGGAAAUCGUGGCAAGAUGGCGUCCCUGGAUCGGGUGAAGGUUCUGGUGUUGGGAGACUCAGGUGUUGGGAAAUCUUCACUCGUCCAUCUUCUGUGCCACAAUCAAGUGUUAGGAAAUCCCUCAUGGACUGUGGGCUGCUCGGUGGAUAUCAGAGUUCAUGACUACAAAGAAGGGACCCCUGAAGAGAAGACAUACUAUAUAGAACUGUGGGAUGUUGGAGGCUCUGUGGGCAGUGCCAGCAGUGUAAAAAGCACAAGAGCGGUGUUCUACAACUCUGUCAAUGGCAUCAUUUUAGUACACGACUUAACAAACAAGAAGUCAUCUCAAAACUUAUAUCGCUGGUCAUUGGAAGUUCUCAAUCGGGAUGCAGUUCCAACCGGAGUCCUGGUGACAAAUGGGGAUUAUGACCGAGAACAGUUUGCUGAUAACCAAAUCCCACUGUUGGUAAUAGGGACUAAACUGGACCAGAUUCAUGAAACCAAGCGCCAUGAAGUUUUAAUCAGGACUGCUUUCUUGGCUGAGGACUUCAAUGCUGAAGAGAUUAAUUUGGAUUGCACAAACCCACGGUCCUCAGCUGCAGGUUCCUCCAAUGCUGUCAAGCUCAGUAGAUUUUUUGAUAAGGUUAUAGAAAAGAGAUAUUUUUUUAGAGAAAGUAAUCAGAUUGCUGGUUUUUCUGAUCGGAAGAGGUUUGGAGGAGGGGCACUGAAGAACUUCCACUGUGACUGAGUUGCCCUCAGCCCUGGAAGAGCGAGGGAACAGCAGCAGUGAGCACAGCGUCCUCUUGCUGUGUAGGGUCAUUAACUUCUCAGGCUUUGGGAAAAACAUCUCAAAAUGCUACCUCACCCUCUCAUGGAAAAUUGAAAGGAAGCAGCGGCACAGAAGGUCCUAUCUCUGCCCAUUCUCUGUAUUCCUCACCACCCUAUCCCUGUUUAUAGCUUAAGUAAAAGCCUUGGGACGAUAUGAGGUCUAGUCAAACCUGUGCAGUAAAGAACUGGAGGCAAGGGCUGCAGAGAAGGCUGACUCUUGCUUAGAACCAGAGGGUUUUACAGGCCUGCGAUUUUCCCACACUCGCUGCUGAAGGCUUAAUUAAGUACUUCAGAAACAUAUCUGUGUUUUUUACCUUCCUGAGAGGAAAGGUCAUGUUAAUCAGCCCUGAGUUAUCCACCCCAAACCAGCUCUGUCAUUUUAAAAGAAGCCAAAUGGUGUUAUUUCAUUUUCUCCGUCCUCAUUACACACGGGGAUGCCUAAGAAUAGCAACCCCAUCUCCUCUGCUCUCUCUGGGAAAAGGCUUAGUGUCUGGAAAGAGCGAUGGACUAAUAGCUGGAGUUAAAUAGAAAUACAAAUUAAUAAUACAUGGCGAAUAGACCAGAAGAGAAGGGUCUGUGAGACUCCGACAGCUCCUGCACUCUCUAGGUUGCAGCUGUUGGAAGGCUCUUUCAGCUUUCUGUUUGGAAAUUGGGUGAAAUCUGAGACCUGCACAAGGCCAGUAAGACAGAUUUAUUGCCUUUGUGUUUUUUUUUUUUUUUUUCCUUUUCCCAGUUUGGUUGGUUGUUGUGUUUAUUUGUAAGGAAAUCCAAUUCCUGAAAUGUCCCUUAAUAUUGAUGAACAGUAAACUAAGAAUAUUAUCCUUAUGUUAACAAUGUUAACAAUGAGAAAGUCAAUUAAGAUUAAGUUCCAGAAUAACGCAUUCACAUGCGUUAUGGGCCAGUGUUUGAGAUCUCACAGUCACAUCACAGCUUUCUGGCGAUGGUGUGUGUAUGUUUGCAUAGGUGGUCAUCAUUGUUUUUUAGACCAUCUUUUUUGCUGGUUUAAUCUUUUUUGGCCCAGUUCCUUAGUUUAUAAAAUUGGUUGCCAAAAACGUUUGUAAUUGGCUGCUGUGUUCAACACCUUGUUUCUCUGAUGCUUCUGUCUCUGCAGUUGCUCUCUGCUCCCUGGCUUUGUACCAAAUUAAAAAAUAAUAGUAUGAAUACGCAGUCUCGUUUUUUUUUUUUAAAAAAACCAGUUGAAAACUACUUUUCUGUUCCAUUUUAAUUAGACUUCAGAAGGAGUCUGGAAGUCAGGGUAUGCUGGAAGGGAAUAUUAGAAACUCAGAAAGGCAGUCUUUGAGAAUUGAAAAGUAGUUCUGAGUUGGACUACCCUGCAGCCUUCGCCUCCUCACGGGGAAGACCUAGGCCCUGUUUUCAUUGUGUUAGCUGAUUUGUUCGCUCUCUGAUGUAAUUUGUGUUAUGCAAAUCAUUGUCCAUGUGGAAUUUAGUACAAGUGUAUUGUGGCAGAGGCCUGGCUGGGAAGGUGGAAUUUAAAUGCUACACAGAGCGCUAGCUGUAAAGUCUAACCUCUCCAUGUUUCACUUCAAUUAACCCAGGGGGUGGGGGGCAUGGACUGGGGCUCCAUGGUAAGCACUUACCUAGCACGUGCAAGGUGUUAGGGUUGAUUCCCAACAUCAAAAUUUUAAUAAAAAAUAAAUACAUUAAAACCCA